AUGAAGGCAAGGUUUAGGAGCAACAACAUUGUUGAAGUUAGAAAAGGAUCUGCGGUGUUAAAUUCUGUGGAGGAAGUGAAAGCUGAAGUUAGGAGACAUUAUGCUGCCAAGUUCACAAAUCAUUUCACCCCAAGACCCGAUCUUCGCAACAUCGCCUUUGAACGAUUAUCAACAGAAGAGAGUGCAUGCCUAGAGGAGUUGUUUACAGAAGAGGAGAUUAAAAGUGUGGAUAUCCUAUGCAGGGAGAUAGUGGAUGUGAUUCAAGAGUUCCAUAUGAAGGGAAGGUUACCAAAAGCUUAUACAUCAUCUUUUCUUGCCUUAGUUCCUAAAAGAGAAAUGCCUCAAUCUCUUGAAGACUACAGACCAAUUAGUCUCAUCAACGGCAUUCUGAAAAUUAUUUCAAAGGUACUGGCUGUGAGAUUAAGGAGGUGGAUGGGUUGGAUGGAAGCGAUUGUAUUUACAAGUUCUAUGUCUGUUCUGGUCAAUGGAAGCCCGACAUCGAAAUUUCAAGUUAUUAGGGGUUUGCGCCAGGGUGACCCUCUAUCACCCUUCUUGUUCGCUAUUGCUGCUGAAGGUUUGGCUGGGCUGGUAAGGGAGGCGUCAAGCAGAGGUUGGUACAAGGGAUUUAGAAUUUCAAACGAAGUUGAGUAUUCUUUACUGCAAUUCGCUGAUGAUACAAUCAUGAUUGGGGAUGGUUCUACAUCUAACUUAUGGACGCUGAAGGCCAUCUUCAGAGGGUUUGAGAUGGUGGAAAUCAUAGGAAGGUGA